AAAAGUCACUUUAACUUAAAGUUUAUACCAUGGAUAGUACAAAGGAGAAUGACAGUUGUAGAGAGGAUCUUCUGCUUAGAAUGGGACUCAACGAUAAUAAAGCUGGAAUGGAAGGACUAGAUAAAGAAAAAAUUAACAAAAUUAUAAUGGACGCCACAAAGGGAUCCAGAUAUUAUGAAAAUGAGCUCAAGAAAGAAAAGCAAGUCAACAAACGAAUUGAAAAUUUGAUGCAUCAAAAAGCUCAAAUUACUGACCAGCAGCUAAGGAAAGCGCAGUUACAGGUAGACAGAUUUGCAUUGGAAUUGGAGCAGAACCGGAACUUGAACAAUACCAUUGUGCACAUUGACAUGGAUGCUUUCUACGCAGCUGUAGAAAUGAGGGACAAUCCAGAACUGAAGGAUAAACCUAUUGCUGUGGGAUCAAUGAGUAUGUUGUCUACAUCAAAUUACCAUGCUAGAAGGUUUGGUGUUCGUGCAGCUAUGCCAGGAUUUAUUGCUAGAAGACUCUGUCCACAACUUAUUAUAGUACCCCCAAACUUUGACAAAUACCAUGCUGUGAGUAGAGAGGUUAAGGAAAUACUUGCUGAUUAUGAUCCCAAUUUUAUGGCUAUGAGUCUUGAUGAAGCCUAUUUGAACAUAACGAAACAUUUACAGGAAAGACAAAAUUGGCCAGAGGACAAAAGGAAAUAUUUCAUCAAGACAGGGAGUUCUCUAGAAAAUGAUGAACCAGGGAAGGAUGUUAAUAAAUUGAGUGAGCUUGAAGGAUCCAUCUCUCCACUGCUUUUUGAAGAUAGUCCUCCUGAUUUGCAGCCCCCAGGAAGUUCUUUACAAGUGAAUUCUGAAGAACAAAAUAAUGCUCAACUUCUUCAAAACUCAGUUGUUUUUGGAACAUCAGCUGAGGAAGUGGUCAAAGAAAUUCGUUUCAGAAUCGAACAGAAAACAACUCUCACUGCCAGUGCAGGUAUUGCUCCAAAUACAAUGCUAGCAAAAAUAUGCAGUGAUAAGAGAAAACCAAAUGGACAAUACCGAAUUCUCCCCACCAGACAAGCUGUGAUGGACUUAAUUAAAGAUUUACCCAUUAGAAAGGUUUCUGGAAUAGGAAAAGUUACAGAGAAAAUGUUGAAGGCCCUUGGAAUUACUACUUGUACAGAACUUUACCAACAGCGGGCAUUACUUUCUCUCCUUUUCUCUGAAACAUCCUGGCAUUAUUUCCUUGACAUCUCCUUGGGUCUAGGUUCAACACACCUGGCAAGGGAUGGAGAAAGGAAAAGCAUGAGCGUUGAAAGGACAUUCAAUGAGAUAAGUAAAGCAGAAGAACAGUACAGCUUGUGCCAAGAUCUUUGUGGUGAACUUGCUCAAGAUUUGCAAAAGGAAGGAUUGAAGGGAAGAACUGUUACCAUUAAGCUGAAGAACGUGAAUUUUGAAGUAAAGACUCGUGCAUCUACCAUUUCUUCUGUUGUUUCUACUGCAGAAGAAAUAUUUGCUAUUGCCAAAGAAUUGUUAAGAACAGAAAUUGAUGCUGAUUUUCCACAUCCCUUGAGAUUAAGACUUAUGGGUGUACGGGUCUCAGGCUUUCCCAGUGAAGAAGACAAGAAACACCAACAAAGGAGCAUUAUUGGCUUCUUACAGACUGGCAAUCAAGCCGUGCCAUUCACUAGGUGUACACUAGAGAAAACAGACAAGGAAAAAUUUCUAAAACCUCCAGAACUAUCUCAUAAGAAGAGUUUCUUUGAUAAAAAGAGAUCAGAAAGAAAAUGUGACCACCAAGACACAUUUAAAUGUGACAACACUGUGGAUAGACAAAGUUUACAGACAUCACAGUCCUUUCAAGUUCAAAAAAAAAAGAUGAGUGAGAACUCAGAAACAUCAGAUAAUUCUGAUAACUGUCAGAUAUUUACCUGCCCAAUUUGCUUUAAGGAACAAGGAAGCAGCAGUCUAGAAGCCUUUAAUAAACAUGUGGAUGCAUGUCUUGAUGGAUCUUCAAUCAGUGAAAACUCAGAAAUAUUCUCAUGUACACAUGCAUCAUCUACAGAAAUUAACAAAAAAGAAAAUGUAAAUCAUUCUUUUUUACUCUGUAAGGGCCAGAAUUAUGAACCACAUCAGAAAAUAGUAGGAAGCACUUCAGCAGAUGGUAUGCAGUUGGUAGAGACUGUAGGUGAUCUAUCCAACGCAGAAAUUUUAGAUGAUGUAAAUCAUACACAGAGCAUGGAGGAGUGUUCUGAUCUUCCAAGUAGACCAAUCAAUACUGAACACUGCCAUCAGAAUGCAUCUUGUACAAUCUCAUUGGAAAAUGAAAAUACCAAGUCCUUAAGUAGACAAGAACCAUUCCAAUCAUAUUUACAUGAAGUAACAAACCAACCCCUGGUGUGUCCAGUUUGUAACCUAAAACAGAAGACUUCAGAUCUUACCCUGUUCAAUGUGCAUGUAGAUGUUUGCUUAAACAAAGGCAUUAUCCAGGAACUAAGGAAGGAUGAAGUUAGUCCAACUAACCAAUCCAAAGAAAGCACCACAAAUACUGGUAACUCGGGCAGAGCACACAAGUCUAUAACAAAAACAAAAAGAUCUGGAUCGACAACAAAAAAAUCAGCUUCUAAGAAAAUACAAGCAAACAAUUCACAAAACACCCUGGAUGUAUUUUUUAAGUGAACAUUCAACAAUACA